GUGUCCCACUCUGUUAUGACUUCAGAGGGGCUAUGAAAGGACCAGAAAGGCCCUGUGCCUCUGAAGUAGGCAGAGUGGUGGCAGCCCUGCCCAGCUGCUGCCAGGCCCACGUGUGGUACUGAGCUGCCACGUUGUCCUUGGAAAGGCAAAUGGUCACCACGUCGUGACUUCCACUCAUAUUCUGCUGGUUGUGGUGAAGGUUACUUGCCAGACUGAUGGGCUCCAGAGACUCUGGAGAGAGGUCCGAUCCACAGCUGCUGGCCCAGUUCUACUAUGCGGAUGAAGAGCUGAACCAGGUGGCUGCAGAGCUGGACAGCCUGGACGGGCGGAAGGACCCCCAGCGCUGCACGCUGCUCGUCAGCCAGUUCCGCUCCUGCCAGGACAACGUGUUGAACAUCAUCAAUCAGAUCAUGGACGAGUGCAUCCCACGGGACCGUGCCCCCCGGGACUUCUGCGUCAAGUUCCCCGAGGAGAUCCGGCAUGACAACCUGGCUGGCCAGCUGUGGUUCGGGGCUGAGUGCCUGGCCGCCGGCUCCAUCAUCAUGAACCGGGAGCUGGAGAGCAUGGCCAUGCGGCCGCUGGCCAAGGAACUAACUCGAAGCCUGGAGGAUGUGCGGAGUGCCCUGCGAGACCAGGCGCUGCGUGACCUCAGCACCUACACGGAGAAGAUGCGAGAGGCACUGAGGCGCUUCGAUGUCCUGUUCGCUGACUUUGAGCUGAGCUAUGUCUCGGCCAUGGUGCCCGUGAAGUCCCCCAGGGAGUACUAUGUGCAGCAGGAGGUCAUCGUGCUGUUCUGUGAGACCGUGGAGAGGGCCCUGGACUGCGGGUACCUCACUCAGGACAUGAUUGACGACUAUGAGCCAGCACUCAUGUUCACCAUCCCCCGGCUUGCCAUCGUGUGUGGCCUUGUGGUCUACGCAGAUGGACCCCUGAACCUGGAGCGCAAGGUGGAAGACAUGUCUGAGCUUUUCCGGCCCUUCCACACGUUGCUGCGGAAAAUCAGGGAUCUGCUGCAGGCCCUGACCGAGGAGGAGCUGCACACGCUGGAGCGGAGCCUCUGCGUCUCCCAGGAUGUGGAGCUCCCCAUCCACACCGAUGCCCAGGUGCCCUCUGCCCUGGCACCCACCUUUCCCACGCCACUGCCCCCCAAGGAGCCGCUGUCCGCCAAGGCCCCAGGUCCAGAGGCAGAGCUGGCCUGCUCCAUGCAGUAUGAUGACCAGGAGCUGGAGGAGCUCAGCCGCUUGGUGCACAGGGCCGGGGAUGAGAUGUCAUCUCUGCUCUCGCCACCCAGCGCCUGCCAGUCCCCUGCGCACAGGCCGGGGACCGAGGGCAGCCCCCACAGGGAGCCUUCUCCGGGCAGAGUGCAGCCGAAGUUGGGUGGUGACGAGGAGGAGCGAGUGUUCUUCAUGGAGGAUGUGGAGGCGGCGGAGGCGCCCACUAGGCCCGAGUCCCCGGGAGGCCCAUUUGGGUGGGCAAGUGGUGCCCAGGAGAGAGGGCAGAGCAGGCAGCACGUCGAGGUGGAGGUCGACAGGGCAAAGGAAGAGGACAGGAGCAACAACAACACAGAGGAUGGUCGGGCGCGGACGGCUGGAGCCAUGGGCUCCACCUGCAGCUGCCUGGACUCCCAACUGUACCUGGACGGCUGGGAGGUGAGCACAGAAGAUGCAGAGACAGCGGAGAUAAUUGCCCACCGGACAGGGGGCAUGAAGCUCUCUGCCACUGUCAUCUUCAAUCCCAAGUCACCUUCCUGCCCAGACUCUGCUGCGGUCACGAAAGACACCCCAGGCCUUGGCGCUUUGCCCCCAGAACCCGGGGCUGAGGAGCCGGGGCAGGGCUCCCACAACUGCUUGCUGCACUCGUGUGUGUGCUGCGGGAGCUGUGGGGACGGCAGGGAGGAUGCCAUGGAGCGCCUGCGGGAGAAGUGCAGCCCGGGAGGGGUCGUCAGUGCCUCCCACCCCACCACAGGUUUGGCCAAAGCCAGUGACAAGGCCAAGGCCUCUCUGCCCACAGACAAUACCCCUUUGUCCAGCAAGUGCCUGGCAUCCACCUCAGGACCCCAGCGGGGCACAGCAGGUGGGACCCGAGGAGAGGGUGAGGCCCCGCACCAGCAGGAGGAGCCGGUGGCCCAAGAGCGGGAACUCGGGAAGCCCCCCUUGGCCAGGGGCGACAGCCUGCAAAGAGAUGCCACCCAGGAGGAGCCACUGCCGCCCUCAGGCUCUAGUGGCUCCAUGUUGGUUUCCUGUGUCACAGUCAAGACUGGGCUGGAGGUGGCCCCUGCAGUCACACCUGUCACCCCCAUGGUCACAAGAGAGAAGAUCCGGUCCAGGUUCCAUGGCAGCCACGACCUGAUCCACCGGCUCUUUGUCUGCAUCUCAGGGGUGGCUGACCAGCUGCAGACAAACUACGCAAGUGACCUAAGGAGUAUCCUCAAAACCCUGUUUGAGGUCAUGGCCACCAAGCCAGAAGCGGAUGACAAGGAGAAGCUGAAGAAGGUCACCCAGACCCUGCGGAGUGCAGCCUUGGAGGACUGUGCCCUGUGCCAGGAAACCCUGUCGUCCUCUGAACUUGUGGCCAAGACCCGUGAUGGAGACUUUGAAGACCCCCCUGAGUGGGUGCCAGACGAGGCCUGCGGCUUCUGCACCGCGUGCAAGGCGCCCUUCACCGUCAUCCGCAGGAAGCACCACUGCCGCAGCUGCGGGAAGAUCUUCUGCUCUCGCUGCUCCUCCCACUCGGCGCCACUGCCCCGCUAUGGACAGGUGAAGCCUGUGCGUGUGUGCACGCACUGCUACAUGUUCCACGUCACGCCCUUCUACAGUGACAAGGCGGGCAUGUGACACAUGGCCCGGCGCUCCUGGACCCGCCGGGGCUGCUGGGAAGAAGCUGGGGUGCUGCAGGAGGGCCCGCCGCGUCUCGUCAAAGCCACAGCCUUGCCCUCCUGUCCUGGCUCCCACCUGGGGGGACCCCAGCCCAGGCAUGGGGCAGGCAGAGGUCAGCCUCACUGGCCCUGGGGCCUGGCAGCUCUUCACAGGCAGUGUACCUGGCUGAGCAGGACUGGGCUCUUCUGCCAUCAUCGGAGCUCUGCUCUGCUGUGUGUGCCAGGGCGGGAGAGCAGCCACUCUGCGCAGCCUCAUCUGGCAGUAAAUCUGCAGGGAGUUGUGCAGCCCAGGGCCACGGCUCCCUGUGUGCGUCCUGCCCACCGCACUCCCCAGUGCCCACUGCCCACCUCAGGACCCCGCUUAAAACACGCGUCUCAUUUUUUCUGGGAGGGGAAUGCAGCAAGCGGACCCGGUGGUCCCCUGGGCGAGCGGACCUGCCCCCAGGCAGACUCACCGUCAGAGUCUCUCGGGCCCCUGCUUGGUUGGUGUGACCCCUUUCCCUGUACCCCUCGGGCAGCUGGGGCCCAGGCUGGCUCUCAGUGGCCCUGGUCCAGACACCUCCUCAGGCUUCGAUCUCAGGCUUCACAUUGCAAUGACGAUUGCAGUUUUAUUUUUAGAGAGAUGACACCUAUCGCUUCUUUUAUAGGAUGAAACCAGUUACUGCCUAGCAGUAGAAAUGGCUUCUGUGGGGGGAGAGAGUGUGUAACAGAGGAAAUAUUAUGUAUUGAGAUUAUUUUUAUUUUCUAAAUGCUAUAAUUCAAAAUCAUUUCCAUAAAUCUG